UGCCCUCUAGUGUCAACUGCAAGCAACUGAAGCAUUUUGAAAUGACUCAUGGGUCGCAAACGUCAGCACGUGUAAAACUCAAGCAAUAACGUUAUGUGAAGCAAAGUUUCUAAAUGUGGAGCACAUAUAGGGAAGUAUAUUUUCCUGCUGGCAUUAGAUAACUGAUAAAACCGCUAAAGAGAGCUUUUGACCAAAAGCUCAAAGACGAGCUGGGAACAUGUGGCGCUACAGGCAACCUGGGGUGGCUUUCCAGCUGCUUGGAGAGCUGCAGAGGCAGCAGCAUUGCAACAUCCUGUGUGAUACGCUACUGCAGACAGAGGGCAUGUCUGUGCCUGUCCAUAGCUGCAUCUUGGCUGCUUUUAGUCCAUUCCUCUAUAGGGAACUCUCGACCUCUCCAUCCUACCCCGUGGGCCAGAGAAGGUUGAUCAGGGUGCCAGCCAUUGGUGCCCAGGCACUGUUGAAGCUGAUAAGUUACCUGUACUCUGGAGAGAUGAGAGGGCUGGGCCCGAGGGAGCACGAGGAGGUUAAAGCUGCGUUCAUCAGGUUGGGCAUGAGCCACCUGAUCCACACAUUUGAAGAGGACAGCAGGCAGUGGAGAGGCAUUGACCGAGGGCUGCAGCUGGAGAUGGAGGAGAGCGUGCAGGUGGGCGCUGAGCAGAGGAGCGCCACCAGGCAAACUCCAGAAGGGAAGGGCGUGGAUAAAUCAACCCAGACUGAGGCAGAGUCCACUGUGCAUGCUGCCACGCAGACCUCGAGGCGAGAAGCGCACGCAUUUUCGGAUCAGUGGCUUUCUCCAUCAUCUGAUGGACAUGGGAGCGCGGCCUCAUCCGCGAUCCAGUUCGCCGAGGUUUCCCCCACCGCCCGCGCAUCUACUUUUGUUAUUUUGACACCUGUCAGCGAUCCCCCACUGAGCAGCGACAACAUAGGGUCUUGCCAAGUCUCACUGAUACCCUCCCCCUCUGUCCACUGUGAUCAUCUACCACCAUACUCCCUGAUCGCCAAUCCAUCAAACACCUUCAACCCCUCUUUUGAACGUUUGUCCGACGACUUUUCCUCAGCCACAGCCCAGCCCAAUGACAGCCUGGUGUCCACAUCGCAAGUAGGGAAGGAGAGGGCCGACACCCGUGUGGAGGCAGGCACAGUGGUUGAGCCUGGGCCCGAGGAACAAGUAAGCAAGGACGGCACAGAUGAAGCGUCCACGUCAAAGGUGCGCAGGAGUGAGAGGCUGAUGACCAUGAAGGAGAAACCCGGCCAGGACGUGGCAUGCACAUCCGAGGAGCCAGUGAAGGUGCUCAAGAUCAAAUUUAAAAGGAAGUGUAAGAAUGACCUUUGGGAGAUAGAGAGCAUGAAGGAGGACCCAGCCAUGAAAGUCAAGCUGUCUAUGAGUCCUGCUACCACUCAAGCUCAGAAGGACCUCACUGCUAGUGAAGAGAGGCAGAAUGGCUCAUCAGUUCUCACGCCACCACAUGAUCCACGGCUUUCUUCCCCUUCCAAGUUUGUCAUAACCUCUGUCCACACCCUAACUCCGGCCGCAAGUCGCAGGAGUAGCCCAUCGGUCCAUAACAAGGCUGCCCUGUCCCCGACCCACUCCCAGCCAGAGGAAUGCGAUGAGCAAAUGGAUAAGCUUCUGGAUGACAUCAUGAUGGAUCUCAACUUCCUCCUGCCCAUCACCACAGAGAGAGGCGACAGCAGGCCCCAGCAGAGACCACUGCCAUAUCUCCCUGGUGACACAUCAGGGUUGGAUCCAACCCCUUGGCUGGGAGAAGUAUCCAUGGAAGUAUCCAUGGUGAAUGGUGAUCUGGAUAGAUCAGCUGGACAAACGGACAAAGCAGUAGGCUCUGACCUAACACUGGUGUCCCAGUUUGACACUUCAUUAGCUGAAAGUGUGGAGUCUGUUCAAUCAUCCCAUCAUCCAGGAUCAAAGUCCACACCAUGCCAUGUAGAACCUAGGAACAGCAGCUCAUGUAGUUUCACACACGUCAAAUCAGCAAGAGCCUGUGCAAACACCGCAAGUCUUGGCUUCCCUGAGUCAGAUGGGAAUGCUGGCUUCUCCAAUGCAGAACUUAGUCUUGCCCACCACGGUUGGUCCUCUUGGAGAAAGCUACCCUCCCCAAACCCCAUCAGCAAAGAGCCAAAGGGAAGAGCCUCUUACAGCUGCACGCCAGAUUUGGAUGAGAUGCGACUCCGCAGCUGUCUCUCUCCACUCCAGUCUGAAGACGAAAGCACUGUUAAAUCCCAACGACUCAACAACCAACCCCCAGGCCAGUCAGCAACAUCAGGUCAAAGACUAAGCCAGGAGCCUGUUAAUAUUCCUCCAUGGCUCUCUCUAAAACCAGUAGACCUGCGAUUCCCACUGAACUCUAUUCUUCUCAAGUCACCUUCGCAAACAGAUGAAGGUCAGCAUCCUGCAGUCAAGAGGACUAGGAGGCAAACAACACUGCUUGCUCAAAACAAUGUUUUUUCAACUCCAGACUCUGAAACUUGCAGUGGGUCUAGCAUUUCUGGACAGAAAGCAUCCAGAAUAGAUGAUGGAUCGUGUGUGAGGUCUAUAGUUACAAGAAAACAGAGUUUGGAGAGACAAAGGUCCAUAGAAGAGCCAAAGAAUAGCACUGUGAAGGAACAAUCCUUGAGAAAAGGUCUAAGGAGAUUGGUGGCGAAGCGAAUAUGUCCAGUCGAGGAAAAUGACCACAAGACAUCUGCUGGGGUGUCCCCUGGACUCGGAUUACAGAACACUGAUUCCAAUGCAAGGCACAGCAGCACCUUGGCAGAAAGGAGUAAGGGGAGAUCAGUCCCAGCAUUCGCUAAUCGAAAGGAAGACCUGUCAGAGGUUGCCAGAUCAAAGCAAGGUGGAGGCCACGCCAAAUCGGUGACUGAUUCAAAGUCCCUGUCCAGUCCCGAAAUUCCGAAGCGUAAACGAGGUAGGCCACCCAAGAACCAGGUUCACCCUGGAGUCCUGAGCUCAACCGUGAGGUCACUGACAGCCGUGAGGAAGGCACGUUCUGUCAACAGCCCACGCAGACCAGCCCUAGAGACACCUACCAGCAGACAGCGGUAUCGGACCUCAUCAAAAAACAGGCAAGCCCAAGAAGACAACAUAGACAGCUUAGCCGAAGGGAAGUCGCAAGAUGAGACCCCUAACCAGAAGUCUGAGCAUCAGAGCCCCACAUUGAGCCCAGGAGCUGUGAUGAAGAACCAAAGUGCAGAAGCUAACAAUGUCCAAAGGGACACGUUAGCAAGCAGCUCGGAGCUGAAACCAACCUCAGUGGCCGAGAUGAAAUCCAACGGCAGUACUCCCACGCCCUCACAGACCUUGAAAAGGUUCCGAGAGCUGUUAGAAAGGAAGGGGUAUUUGGUGAAAAGGAAAAGAGAAGCAGAAGCCGUGGGGAAGAAGGAGGGGGAUGUCCAGAAUCGUCAGUGUCUGGAAGAAAAGGAAACGAGCACGUCUGCGGAGACUGAUGAAACCACAACAAAUGAAGCUCCAAUGCAAUGCCACCUCAACAGACACUUCAUAUACCCUGCAAACAAAGGUGACACCAACAGCCAGCAAGCGCCACCUCAGCGCAUUUCUGCAAAACCUGGGGCAAAGGCGUCACGAGCUCGCAAGUGGACAGAGGGCUCAACAGGAAGUUGUGAUGAAGAGGAAGAGGACCAGGAGGACCAAGACCUUGAAGAGGAUGUGGACGUUAUGAGUGGUUCUCCAGUGACUCUGCCUGUGUUUGAAUCUGGACUGGUUGGUAGAGAACCAUCUGAUGUUGAGGAGAUUGAUGAAGAUGUUGACAUCAUUACUGUGGAUAUUGACUAA